AUGGCAGUGAACCUGUCCUCGGUAUCAUGUAUAGAUCGUACAACCAUCAUAUAUGUGGAGCAUUUCUGUAGAUUUCUUCCCUUCCAAACAGGGGAAGAGGCCCUAGAUUCCCUUAAAAGGGGGGUUGCUAAAGAUGAGGAGCUUGAUUUGAUAGUAGCGGAAGUUCAUCCUGGCAAUACAGAGGUGGGCACCUUGCAGCUGUUUCACCACGUCCUGAAUGAACUGGAAGUGCCUCUCAUCUCUAUGUGUGCCUAUGAUGAGGCAGUCUCUGCACGCAUGACCCUUGGAACAUGCUCCAAUGUGGUUAAGCUGUUGGAUACUAAAACCGUAAAUUUUCUGAGGAUGAGAGCACUGCAACACAGGUCUAUUAAAAAUCACAGGUCUGAAACUGAGGAUGAAGAACAAGAUGCGUUGAACGUGAAUGUCUAUUCAGAUAAUCUGGGUCGGUUCAUAUGGAGCAGUGAGCUCCAUGAAAAGUUUUUGCGGGCUGUUGAAGUGCUUGGGGCGUUUGCUACGGCAAGAAAAAUUCACCAGUACAUGAAUGCCAAGGAUUUGAAUUUGACCAUACAGCACAUCGCAAGCCAUCUCCAGAAACACCGGCUGCGGGCGCAGAAGUUAUCUCACAAUGAAGAGGUUUAUCAACAUUAUGCCAGCAUGAAAGAAUUAUCUGAGAUGAUUGCAUCAGCAUACAAGGUAGCCAGUGCUAAACCCAAUAAUCAUCCGGCAACAACCCAGACGCAUUUCACACAUGGGGUUGCCUCUGCUAUCUGGGACAAGUACCCCGGGAUGGUAUGGCCACAUGUGGAGGGAAGUUCAGCAAGCUCUACUAUGUGGUACAAUUACCCCGGAAAGCCGUGGGGACAAGUAGGGGAGAGUUUGGCCGGAGCACGAGUUUCUCAGACUAAUGCAUGCCCACCUCCAGUUCUGAUACAUGGUACCAAGUCCAUCUGGGACCGUUACGAGGAGAGCCUACAGUACUAUAAUGAGAGCCUGUCAUACAAAUGUGAGGUGCUACCUAUAAGGAGCAAGGCACUUGAUGGAUAUGGACGCAACAUUUCCGUCAACCUGGAGAGAGAGAUCAGUCGUACUGAAUCAGCAGGCAAGAUUGUCAUCAACCUGGAGAGAGAUGACAUGAAUAAAGACACCAUGGACGACGUGCACGCCGCAGUUACUCCGCAGGAAGACAUAAUGGACGAGGUGCAUGCCGCAGCUACUCUGCAGAAAGACACCAUGAACGAGGUGUACGCCGCAGUUACUCUGCAGAAAGACACCAUGGACGAGGCGCACGCCGCAGUUACUCCGUAUGAAGUGAACGAGGUGCCUGCUGCAAACAUGGGCGCUGGUUAUCUGGUGGAUCUAGCAGGGAGUAACUACCACCCCGCUGCAGAGAAUGCGCAGUCUGAGCCUUUCAGUGACUUGGAUUGGGAAGAGGUGGAGAAAUUCUGGAUGAACCAGAUGGAAGGACAGCAGGAGCAGCAAGGCCUUGAACUAGUGGAUCUGCUCCAGGUAGAUGGCAUUUCACCAGAGGAACUGCUCCAGGAAGACGAAGCCUGGAACCAGGCACUUCAGCCGGCAAAUCCGGCGAAUGUCGUCAACAACGCACCCAUGGCCGAAGAACCCGCCGCUGGAGAUGCCUCGGUGUACGAUCCUGCGAACUAG